AGGCUUAGAAUCAAUCAUAUGUUUGAGUCUGAGUGUCCUUAGUGCAGCCGCCUAGAGAGGAUACAGUUGGUAAAAUAAAUCGUCAACUGCUGAAUAGAAAAUGGCAAAGAAAUCAUAUGAUUUAUUGUUUAAAUUAUUGCUUAUCGGGGAUUCGGGGGUCGGAAAAACAUGUAUUCUUUUCAGAUUUUCUGACGAUGCAUUCAACACAACUUUCAUUUCUACAAUUGGUAUCGAUUUCAAAAUUAAAACUAUUGAACUUCAAGGGAAAAAAAUUAAACUCCAAAUAUGGGACACUGCUGGUCAAGAACGUUUCCACACAAUCACAACAUCUUAUUACCGUGGAGCAAUGGGAAUUAUGCUUGUAUAUGACAUAACUAGUAUGAAAACAUUCGACAAUAUUGCAAAAUGGCUCAGAAAUAUAGAUGAGCAUGCCAAUGAAGAUGUGGAGAAAAUGAUUUUGGGAAACAAGUGUGAUGUAGAAGACAAAAGAGCAGUUAGUAAAGAAAAAGGAGAAAUGAUUGCCAGGGAACAUGGAAUAAGAUUUAUGGAAACAUCAGCUAAAGCAAAUAUAAACAUAGAGAGUGCUUUUUAUGAACUCGCGCAAGCGAUUUUGACCAAAACUUGUGGGCGAGAGCAAGCCGAGCCCUUAGAUCGCGUUCCACUCGAUGGGGGUCGCAGUGAUCGGCAAUCCAAUCGCUGCUGUUAAUAGAUUUAAAAAUAAACACAAAAGUUCUUCAAUUAUUAAGCGCCCAAUUAAACGUGGAUGUGAUCAACGUGGAAGUUCCAUGCAAUUCGGCCGGUCAUUUUUGUAAUCAACAAGGAAAAGAAGCAAAAACAAUUUUUAAGUUGUUUCUCCUGUUUCGUCAAACGUUCAAAGGAUUGUACAAUUGAAACUGACGACCGAGUGAAGAAACUUCAAAUCCGUCUAACAUGUCUUCUUUCACUUGAUUAAAAUCUAAGUAACAAAGGUUCAAAUUUGGCAGUUGGCUUUAUUGCUCGACUCAAAAUCUAAUUUCCAUUUUCCAAUAAUCUUGCCUUGUACCGAACUACUCUUAAAUGGUUUGUGAAAAAAAUUUCUUCUUGUACGAAUUUACUUCUAUACGUGGCUUGCCACGAAAAUUUUUUCUCAUUUUUCUGCAUGGGUGACUUCAUUGUUCAAAUUAAAUUGAUACAAGAAAAGGCGACCCUUUUCAUUGCUGUUGGCCCUGUAACCUGCUGCGCUUAACUACACACAUUCUUCACCCAAAAUUUCCAAUUUUUUUGCCGAUUCUUAUUGCUGAAGCUUGUAAAUACAGAGCCGUUUUUCGUAAUAA